CAAGAACAAAUUUUUCUGUGGUCUCCUACUUGGAAUGAAAUCUUUAUGUCUUAAUUAUGUCUUAAAGUUUUGAAUGAAUGUAUAGAUGUUAAUGUUAGACCUGUGAGGCAUUUGAAUAUUGUCAGAAAAUAUGCUGAGAGGAAGGGGUAUUUUGGUAUUUGUCAUAACUGAGCUGCUAAUGGGAAACAGUCGCAUCAACUAUGUUCUAUUAGGAAAAUAGCAUAAAUCAGUCCAAAAACUGAGCCUCCUGACCCCCUCCGACCCCCCUCACAUGUCCUUUUUAUUGCAAUGACUUUAGUGUAUUUAAAUGAAGGGUAAGCAAAAUGUUUGCCUUCAUGCUAGAUAUCUCCUUUACUAAUGAAAUUGUGAGGGCUAAAAGUGAUGGGGAAAAAAACCAAAUAAAUUUGAACCUAUCUCUGUUUUUCAAGCACCUGUAACUUGGAAAAUAUUCAAAGUUUAGAGGUGAAAUUUUGAAUGCCUUUAUCAAAUAUGCUAAAGUUAUUUUAAUUGACAACCUGAAGGUGUUGUUUUUUUGUUUUUUUUUUCAUGGAUUGAGUCCUGCAUCUUUGUUAGCUGUGCAGCUUUCUAUUUCUCCCUGUACAUAUUUGAUGUGGUUGUCCUGUUGCCUCCCUCUUCUGUGUAAAUACCAACAGCGGGUUAACAGUGAGCAGACAUCAGUUUACGGACUUAACUGAGGCAGAUCUGUCACUGUGUAGCACAUGUACAGAAACACAGUGCGCCUCUGUACAUAUUGUUGAAUGGAUAUCUAACUUGUUGCACAUAAGAUCGGUACAAUUUUUUUUAAAAGAUAUUGCAAUAUUUCUACAGGCAUUAUUCUCUCAGUUCUAAAUGCAGAGUUGAUUUAAUAAAACAAAAUAUCCACUAAAUAUUUGCACAGACCACUUGAACAGAAAACACUCGAAGUGGGUGUGGAAAUAUUUAAGUAAACAAGGAGACCUUUUUAUAAUUAUGUGGAAAACAAUAAUUGCUCAGUGUAUGUAAUUUGUUCAGGCCUUGGUUUUGAUGGGAUCAUAUGAAGCACUGUCUGCCUGUGUGUUUUUAGGGAUUCUGGGCAUCACGCUCUGUUAUUUUUUCAGGGUUUUUUUUUUCCUAUUUUCCAAAAUAACUUAACUACUCUCAGUCUUCCGAAAUAGUCCACUAGAUAACAUUUUUGCCAUUUCAUUUGAUGACUUUGAGUCCUGGUUUGACAUGGAGAGAAAUUUGUGAAUGAAACCAACCCUUUAUUCUCACACCAGUGCUUUAACUCUUAUGUUCUGCUCAUUGUAAAGCACAUUUUAGUCUUACUGAAAUCAGUUUUACACCUUAAUCUCAAUUUUGCCUUGUUAUUUCAAUGUGUACAUGCAAUGUUUGGUGUUUUGUUUAUUGGUUGUUUUUCUUUUUGGUUAUUGUAGUAGUGGAUGCCAUAAAAGUCCUGGAAAAACCACAUAUCCUAAAAUCUUUUCAGGAAGUGAAGAAAGCAAAUCUCUGUUUAAGGCGGACAAUUCAAUUCCUACCUUACCUAUGAUUCCCUAAUAGACAAAACAAUAUUCUCUGUCUUUUAUGUCACUUACAAAACCCUGAUCAUUGAUUUUUUAAGGAUAUGGGGAUAUUUUUCCAGGACACAGGGGGUAGCAGACUCACUCUUGUUUUUAUUUGCACAUGUCAUCUGGCUGGUUCAGAUGAUGAUCACUCAGAAAUCAUCUUAUUUAAUCUUUCAGAUGAGUUUAAUUAUUUAUAAUUAAAAUAAAAUUAGGGAUUUCAUGUGUAAGUGGCUAAGAGAAACAAAUGCAUCUUUUUUCCCCUCCAUGUUGUCAGCUUGCAUCAGAUUACCUGAUUCGACAGAAAAAUGUAUUCCCAAAUGCUUCUGAACACCAUCAUCUAGGCCGAAGAUUGUUUCUGUUUUUAUUAUUUUGCCCCGCAGUUUGUGCUGCUGCUGUCAGUAUCACCUUUUUGAUGCAACAAUUGGUACAGAUGUUUCAUCUGUAAGCAUGAUAUGAAUAAUCAUGUCUUUUUUUUCUCCUGUUGGUUUUGCAGAAAAAUCUUAUAAAACAGAUGAAUGAAAUUUCACAGUUCUGUGCAUGAAUUUUGUCCCACUAAAACCAUUUUUAUGGAUCAUUUGAGUCUCUUAUUUUAUUCUCACAGAUUUUUGUUUUUGUUUAAAAACCAAGAACAUCUCUUCCUUGUUAGGCCACAUGUUAUAUUCAUUUAAAAGAGUUUUUAUGAGAGCUUCCAUCUUUGGCUUCUUUUUUAAGGAGAACAACAAAAUGCUAGUGUGCCAGAUGUGGUGAAAGUUUCUCCAUUUCAAUAAAAUAACUAAACAAAUAAUAACAAUAAGUGUUUAUCUCUAUGUUGUAACAAUAGUUAAUUUUUUUAUUUUAUUUUAAAGCAUUAUUAUAAAUUCAUUAAAGUUUUUAUGGUCCCAAAUUGCACAUAGAAGCAAUAUGUAUAGAGACACCAGUCAAACCAAAAGGUGUUUUUCUUUUUAAAAAUAUGCACACACACACACCGGUUGCUUAUUUUCAUGCAACUUACUGCUUAUUUAAAACUACAUUAACAUAAAGCUAAAGGCAUCACGCUCUUCGGCCGUUAAAGGACAAACUAGAUCAACCGUUUUCAUAGUUUGCUAAUCCUUCUUUUAGCUAGUUGAGCUCAACAACAAUGGAGGAAACUCGGGAAGAGGUUAACGUCAGAAACUUUUGCAGAAACUGGAGGAACUGCUGCAACUAUGUUUUCCAGAACAAAUUUAUGUUUGCGAGUUUGGCGGCUGUUGUCCUCGGACUUGUUGUUGGCUUGAUCAUCAGGAGUGUCGACACGCUUACAGAGGUAGAAAAAAACUACCUCGGCUUUCCAGGAUAAAUACUCAUGCAGAUGCUUCAGUUCAUUACUGUUCCUCUUAUUGUGACCUCUGUGAUAAUAGUUACUUGCCAGUGGGAGUGAUGUUCAUGACUGCUAGCCGUGUUGUUGAUGCUUAUGAUUGAUAAACCAUCUACAAACUGGGAAAGUUCAUGGCUGUAGUUGUUUUUGGACGUGAGAGCUUGUUGAGGUGUUCCCAGUGCAAGACGGCUCGCUACUGCAAUACUGCUUGCCAGAAACAAGCAUGGUCAGGCCAUAAGAGAGAGUGUAAAUGUCUGCAGAGCCUCCUACCCAGACUUCCCACUGACUCAGUGUGUCUAGCUGCGAGACUCAUCUUUGCCUUGUUAAGUCCGUCUAAGAGCAGCAGUGAGGAGCUCUACACUCUAGAGGAACAUGAAUCACAUCUAACUUCUAUGCCUGAGCAGAAGAAACAAGGUCUUUCUCAGCUGGCGUCCAUGUUAGAGCUGUACCUGCAACAGGAAGUACCUGACCUGUUACAGGAAAUGGGAUCAGCACUGCCACCUUCCUGCCAAGAACCCCUCAGCCUCAUUGCCAAGGUGACGUGUAAUUGCUUCACCAUCAGUGAUGGGGAGCUGCAGGAGAUUGGAGUUGGCCUGUAUCCAAGUUUAUCUCUGUUAAACCACGACUGCCGGCCAAACUGCGUGAUGGUGUUUGAGGGGACGAAGCUGGAGCUCAGAGCUGUUCGGGAUAUCGACCCUGAAGAUGAGCUAACUAUAAGUUACAUCGAGACGUUGUCACUGACUGAAGAUCGGCAGAGGCAGCUGGAGGAGCAGUACCAUUUUACCUGUCACUGCCAGCGAUGUGACUCUCGAGACAAGGAUGGACUCAUGCUCUCAGGCGAAGAAGGAAAAUGGCGCCUGCUGAAGGAGGCUCUACCAAGACUGGAAGGGCUGAAAGCCGAGUCCAAUUGGGAAAUGCUGUUGGAGAGCUGUAGGCAUCUGUUAUCAAGCGUUGGUGGUGAAAUUCCUGAGGAAAAUCUAUACAAGCUCAGAAUUACAGACAUGGCUUUAGAUGCUACAGUUCACCUGGGACGCUGGGAGGAAGCUAUGAGUUACGGAGUGACGACACUUCCAGCAUACAGACAGUACUACCCCGAUCCCCAUCCAGUCCAUGGGAUCCAGCUGAUGAGAGUUGGAAAGCUGCAGCAUUACCUGGAAAACAUUGAAGAUGCUUUGGACACAUUCAAACAGGCUUAUGGAAUCGUAAAGUUCACCCAUGGUGAAGAUCACCCAUUGAUGACCGAACUAACGAUGAAGAUGAAGGAAUGUCACAGUGAGAUGGAUCAUCAUUCCUCCAGCAGACACUAAGACGAAGGCGAAAGAAACGUCUUCAUGUAACUGAUUUCACUGCCUUACGUUCUUUUUAUUCAUCAACCUGAAUAAAUGGAUUUGUUAUUUUGCCAUCCAUA